AUGGGGAGCGGAUGGGAGGAAGCCAGGGCCAAACAAGGAGAAAAAGCGGGAGGCAUUUGGGGCACAGUGGGAUGUGUGUUGGGGGGUUUACACUCCGGGAGAGAGUUACGCCCUAAGCUUGACUGCUUACACUCAAGCCUAGGCUGCCUGGGAAGGGGUGGGGGCUGCGCAGUCACUACCCUGAUUGAGUCCGGUCCUUCUCCCUCCGUCUCAGCCUCUCACUCUUUGAGGUAUUUCUCCACCGCCGUGUCCCGUCCGGAGCUCGGAGAUACGCGGUACAUCUCCGUGGGCUACGUGGACGAUCAGCAGUUCGUGCGCUUCGACAGUGAUAGCGAGGGUCAGAGGCAGGAGUCGCGGGCGCCGUGGAUGGACAAUAUGGACCAAGAGGACCCGGACUAUUGGGAGAAGAGCACACGGAUCUCCAGGGAGAACACACAGAUUUACGGAGUGAAUCUGGAAACCCUGCGCGGUUACUACAACGAGAGCCAGGGCGGUGCGUGACGUGAGGUCCCGGGGUGUCUGGUCACGCCCCUGGCCAGAGUGGGGCGCAGGGGAGGCUGGGGUGCGAAUUCCUCCAAAUGUCACCGGCGGUUCGCACUGAGGACACGAGAACAGGGCUUCCCCACAGCAGAAGGAGUUACUUCCAGUCCAGCCCAGGUCUAUAGGUUGAAUGACAGGGUCAGUGCUAGUUUGGGACACCACUUACUGACCCUGGGGCUGGGGGCGGGGCACGGGUGCACACCGUUCAGCGCAUGUCUGGCUGCGAGGUUUCCACGGACUGCCGCUUCAUGAGAGGCUUCUAUCAGUACGGCUAAGACGGGCGUGACCACCUUGCCCUGGACUCCGGGACCCUCACGU